AGUCACGUGACCUGACUGGGAGUUCUGUCAUGUGAUGGUUCCUGCGUUUACAGCGAAGCGCUUUACAGUCAACAGACAAACAAAACGAAAAAGCGCUUCUGAGACGAAAAACUCACACGGAGAAGAGUCUGAACCUGCUGGACAGCUAUCAUGGGGUGCUGUUUCAGCAGCGAUAGCGAAACGUCGGAGCAGAAUGAAGAAGUGAAGCCAUUGAUUCCUGACCCAAACUUAGACAGAAAACCCACUAAUGGCUCAGAGCGAAAUGCAGACAGCCUGCCAUCCAACCGCACAGAUGAACAGGCCCUGCUUACGACCAUCCUGCAGCGAACAGCCCUGAACAUAAUUGACGUGUCAGCUGUUGAUUCUCAAGGCAUGGAGCAACAUGAAUACAUGGACAGAGCCAGACAGUACAGCACCAAGUUGGAGGUGUUGAGCAGAACGCUGUCUCAGAAGAAGCCGGUUCCUCUCCCGUCACUGACUAGCCAACCUCACCAGGUGCUCGCCGCUGACCUGGUCCCCUACGCAGAUGUACAGCAGGUCUCUAAGAUCGCUGCGUACGCUUACAGCGCCAUCUCACAAAUCAAAGUAGAUGCCAAGGAAGAGCUGGUGGUGCAGUUUGCUAUACCAUGAUUCAAAAGAUGGACCCCCUUCCUCCCCAGUUCCUCUGUUUCUGUCUCUCUUUCUAGCCCUUUCACUCCUACAUCUCCUUCCAAACUUCUUGAGAUGCAGACGCCCUUGUCUUUGUCAUCUGAAUGCCCUGCAGAUAAAUAUAAUUCACCCCAACCAAAGCUUCUUGUGUAAAUCCGUCACAGAUCCAAAAGGAUAAAAACAUCUUAUCUACUAUCUUUGCUAUGACAAGUCGCAUUUGAUCAGUCGCAUUAAUCAAAUCCUUUCUCAACAAAUACAACAGAAAUAUUAUACUCAGCUGUGGCAUCAAGCUGCUACGAUUGCUUCGGUGAGCUUUUGUUUAGUUUUGUUUUUGUUGAUUCUUCUUCUGUUGGCUUUUCAGUUUCCUUAUUGGUUGGAGAUUGUUAAACCAAGUAGCAAGUAGUUAUUCUUAUACUUGUACUAAAGUUAACUGUAUAUUUGCUUGGUUUAUCUUAACACAUAGGUUAUGGUUUAGCAACAUCAUUCACUGUGUUUUAGAGUUCAUUAUUUCUACUUAAAUCAUAUUUAUAUGCACUGAGGUUCCAGACUGGGGUGUUGAUUAAAAUGGGCAACAUGGAUAAAUAAUAUUUCUGUCUAACCAGAUUGACACACACGUGUAAUGUCGCAUUAACCAUCUCUUUUUUAUAAUUUUUAAUUUGUUAUUUACCUAAUUUGGAGGCAAAACUCAGCUUUGUGUGAAUGACUUGCCUAAAAUUCUAACAAAUUGAUUCUCAGCUGGUUUAAAUUUGAGUUUAUUACUGUUCCCAAGAGCUCAAAGCAUGGGAUAGCUGUCCUGCAAUUUUAGACAUUAAUUCCUGUUUUUGUUUUCAGGUUUGACGCCAUAUUUUAUUUUACACUUUGAAAACGAGGCUGUCAUAGAUGGACUUACAAUUACAGUCUUUACAUUAGCAUGCGCUGUAUAAAAAUCAUAUGAUGCCACAAAUUUUAAACUGUUUAUAGAGUUGUUGUGUUUUUUUUUCAUUAAAUGAGGAGUCCACUUCCAAAACAAAGCUUUACAUAUAAUGUACUCACCCCAUUGUCAUCUAAGAUGUUCAUGACUUUCUUUCUUUAGUCCUAAAGAAAUUAUGUUUUUUGAGGAAAACAUUUCAGCAUUUUUCUCCACAGAGGGCUUCUAUGGUGCCCUGAGUUUGAACUUCCAAAAUGCAGUUUAAAUAGGGCUUCAAACGAUCCCAGCGGAGGAAGAAGGGUCUUAUGUAGCGAAACGAUCGGUUAUUUUCAUAAAAAUAAUACAAUUUAUAUACUUUUUAAUGUCAGAUGCUCGUCUUGUCUUACUCUGCCUGAACUGUUUUUUUCCGGUUCAUGACAGUUAGGGUAUGUCGAAAAACUCCCAUCUCAUGUUCUCCCUCAACUUCAAAAUCGUCCUAUAUCGCUGUUUUACCUUUUUUGUUAAGGGUGUUUGAUCUUCUUUGCAUGUUCGCUUUGCAAAGACUGGGUCGUACUUCUGCAGCAAUGUAGGAUGAAGUUGAGGGAGAAAAUACGAUUGGAGUUUUUCGACAUACCCUAACUGUCUUGAGCCAGAAUACACCGAUUUCAAGGAGAGCAAGGCAAGACGAGUGUUUGAGAUUAAAAUGUAUUUAAAUUUUAUUUUUUUAAUGAAAAUAAUGGAUCGUUUCGCUAGAUAAAACCCUUCAUCCUCGGCUGGGGAUUUGAAGCUGCAUUUAAACUGCAUUUUGGAAGUUCAAACACAGGGCACCAUACCAGUCCAUUAUAUGGAAAAAAAUUCUGAAAUGUUUCCCUCAAAAAAAACAUAAUUUUUGACUAAAGAAAGAAAAACAUAAACAUCUUGGAUGACAAGGGGGUGAGUACGUUAUUUGAAAAUUUGUUCUGGAAGUGGACUUCUCCUUUAGGUUUUAUUUGUUAAACAACAGUAUAUUGACUUCAGCGCACUGAGCUUCAGUCUCUCACAGCCUCGUUUUCAUUCCCAUCAAAGUUAAACAUGGCGCUGCUCUCACUAAGUUCGAUUUCACAGUUAUUUAUAUAGAUCAGUGGUCUAUACACAUUUAUGGUGGAGUGUAAAUAUCACGGUAUGUUUGACAUACCGUGCUAUGUCAUAUCCGAAAUUUCAUUUGAAGCGGCUCUGCUACUGCUUUUAACGGAAGAGAAAGUGUUCCUCUUCCUAUAACUCUCAAACGGUCAAGUAACAUUAAUCGUAUCAAAAAAGGCGAACACCGGUUAAACCGAGAAAGAACAGCGUGGCCUGUCUAACGAAUUAUCAUACUGUCAACUCCGAGUGUUUCGGACGGGGAGGUGGGUUUGAAUGGUUGAGGUUGGGAAUUGGUAGUUUGUAAAUUGUUUUUGUGUCAAUGCCUUUAAUGUACAGAGUGUAAACGAAUGAUUAAUACUUGUGUAGCGGGAAGUGUAAACAGCUCUACGGCGCCCCCUGGCUGCAUUAUGCCUUAGUUGUAAGGCUUUGCGAUCCGUAGCUUGUUUUACAGGGACGCUUUUACCUUGCCUGUUCUACUUUUAACAUAAUAAAAGAUAUUAUUACAUUGCUUUAACUUAGUCCAUCUAAUUUUUUUGCUGUUGUGCCGAAAAACAAGGAAAGAACUAGUGAAUUCAAACAACUGCCGUUCUUUCCUUACAGAGUUUGAAAUGCCACACGGUAUUUUUGUGUAAUUAUUUAUUUUGAUUUUAUGUAUUUAUGCAAGCGCACAGACAGUGUGGCACCGUUAGCUCUCUAGAUCAUGGCAAGGCACCUUUGUCUUUCUUUAAGGUUAAAAUAAGGGAUAAAAUGCGCUGCAAUACUUUUUUUUUGUUGUUUUCUGUUGCAGUGUACUAAUAGUGUUCACGUUUGUUUGUUUGUUUGUUUCCUAAA